UUGACAGCUCUUCGCUUCGUUUUGGCUUAAAACCCUAAAAAGAAGAAGAGCAUUGUCAAUGUCAAAUUUGACGGGGCAAGACUUACGUCAUCAGCUGUAAGACUUGUUUUCACUGAAAACAUAAACAAAUAAUAAUAAACUUUUAUCGAAAAAAAUUUUUAUACUUAUCGCAUAUAAUAACGAGUUAAAAUAAAUUCGUACACCCUCUUAAGCAUGAUUACGCUUUAUCAGCACUCCGUAUCGCAUAACUAUACGAGUGUCGAAAAAAAUCCUACAAAAUGAAGAACAAAGUGGACCUGAAAAUCUGUGGAGUAUGUGGUGAUAAGGCCCUAGGGUUUAAUUUUAAUGCCGUUACGUGCGAGAGCUGCAAGGCCUUUUUCAGGCGGAAUGCCCUUAUACAAAAGGAGUUCAGGUGCCCCUUUUCUAAUGACUGCAAAAUUACCACUGUGACAAGGAGAUUUUGCCAAAAAUGUAGACUCAACAAGUGUUUUUCUAUAGGAAUGUGUAAGGACCUGAUAAUGUCCGAUGAGGACAAAGCCCAAAAAAGACAAAAAAUCGAGGAAAACCGAGCGAGAAAACGAACUUUAGAAAGUCCCAGUACGAGCAGAAAAAAAAUCAAAAAAGAAGUUCUAGAGGGUGACUCUCAAGAUGAAGUUUAUAGUAAUUAUUCCUAUAACACCGACUCAGAUCAAGACACCACACAUUCAGAGGGAUAUCAACCGAAUAACCGAAACAUAAUCGGUGUGAUAAACUAUCAAAACAAUCCAAUGACUACUAAACAAUCAGCUGAAGAAAGCAGCGUAACUUCUACAAAUGACAGGCUGGUUUCGUCAAGUGAUGAAUCAUUAUCAUUCCAAAAUAUCAUUUCUCAGCAUUUAUAUGGUGCAGGUUACAAUGGGCAGCAAUUUGAACAUGGAUUAAUCAGUAAUUUUAUAAAUAAUAACACUAAUGUUAAUUUCCAUGAGAAUAUUUCGAGAAAUGAUGGAGUCAAUACUCGGCAGCUCGCAGAAGAUGUUACUGAAGACGUUGUGAGAGAUGUUCAAAGAUUAAAUUCUCACAUCCAGCCUACUCAAUCAAACCCCAUAGAUGCGAUUUUAUCGGAGGCCAUUAAGCUAGAAUACGAAACCUACACGAACAUUGCUCAGAACCCUUCCCGUUCUAGGGAACUUAACGAGGCUGAACGUGCCAAGCUGAACGAGCUUAUUUUAGCUAAUAAAGCUUUGCUCACCCCUGUAGAUGAGGAAUUAAGUCUGAUCGGAAACGAGUUUAAAGAUGUUACGGAUCAAUUACCGGGUUGUCAACAGAGGCAUACCGAUCCAGCUCUACUGGACGUCAUCAAUUUAACAGCAAUAGGUAUAAGGAGGUUAAUAAAAAUGGCCAAAAAGAUUAACGCUUUUAAAAAUAUGUGCCAAGAGGAUCAGGUUGCUUUACUGAAAGGCGGAUGUACGGAAAUCAUGAUGAUUAUUAGCGCUAGAAGAUACGAUCCCACUAAAAAUAUAUGGAAGAUACCAUCAAUACAAGAAAGCGUAAACGUAAAUGUCAACGUACUAAAAUUGGCAAAAGGGAACGCUUACCAAGAACUAGAGAGAUUUAUCCGGACUUUCGAUCCUAAAUGGAGAACCGACGAAAACAUUAUCCUCAUCCUGUGUGCCAUAGUCCUGUUCACCCCCGACAGACCAAGAGUAAUACAUCAAGACGUGAUUAAACUCGAACAAAACUCUUACUACUAUUUGCUCCGGAGGUACUUAGAGAGCAUCUACGCCGGAUGCGAGGCGAAAUCCAUAUUUUUAAAACUGAUCCAGAAAAUUAUGGAGCUGCAUAAAGUCAACGAGGAACUGAUUAAUGUGCUUUUGGCGGUCAAUCCUUCGCAAGUCGAGCCAUUAUUAAUAGAAAUUUUCGACUUAAAAUGAUUAUUAAGAUUGUGCGUUAAUAAUGGGUCGUUAAGUUGCAUCAUGACAAAAAUAGGCAAGAGUUUAUUUGUCAUGACAGUGAAGUUCCUAGAAAAACUCUCUUUUAGAUGCUCUUUUUUUGAGAAGUUUAGGCAUCAUUAGUGAAAGAAAACUGGAAUUAAAAUAUUAAUUUUUUUCUUCCAGGCGGUUCAAGUUCCAGUUUCAACACUUGUUUCUUAAUUAUCUCUUAUACCAUAAAAUAAAAAUGCCAUUUUUAUCAACGGUAUUUUACCUGAGUGCUUCUACUAACCAUUAGUAGCUUAUUUGGGAUUAAUCAACUUUAUUACAAGAAAUAAAAUAAUAUAAGACAGAUAUAUUACGGAUUACUGAAACAGAAAAUCUUUUCACUGUACCACUUUUUUGUAUCACUUCAGUAAUAAAAGCCUUAGGUUCUCUAAAUCCCUUAAAACUGCCUGGAAAAUAUUUUUUUAUACGAAUGUAAAUAAUAUAAAUGCCCUAAUCUUUCCCAAUUCUUAGUAUAGGAUUUACAUAUUUUCCUUGUUAAAGUGUUUUUGAGAUAGUUAUAUUUAUACUCUUUAAAGAUUCAAUUUUUUUAGAUGCUAUUUAUACCCAAUUUAUUGUUAGAGGCCUACAGGGUGUUUGAUAUAAAAUGACGAAUGAUUAUUUUAAUAUUAAGUUAGUGAUAUGUACUGUAACACUAUGUGAUAUGGAUUCUUUAGUAAAUCAUAGCAAUAAACGGUUUGUACAAAGGUUCAGCUCAGUUGAUAUUUAUUUUAGUAUGAUGCUAAGUACAAAAUAAUGUCGUCGGUGUGAGUAAUCGAGCAAUAAUCAUGUUAUUUUAAAUUAUAUCUUAUUUAUAAUAUACAUAUAUUAGCAAGAAA